AUGUCGGCACAGAGCCUGCUGAGCAGCGUCUUCUCCUGCUCCUCCCCGGCCGCUGCCGCCCCGAGCCUUUCCAAGCGGAGGCUCCGCCAGACGCGCAGCCUCGACCCCGCCAUCAUCAGCUGCGGCCGGGAGGACGGCGGAGAUGCGGGCAGGGCGCUUCGGGCGCGGGCCGCCGGCAGUCCCCCCGGGGAGCGCCGCGCUCCUAGGGGUGCCCCGCCGCCCCCUGGCGUCUCCUUCUCCACCCCCUGCACCCCGCUGGAGCGGUCGCCGCCGGGCAGUGCGCUCUUCGACGAGGAGAACCCCCGCGGGAAGCGGAGUCCCGGUUACGAGCUGCCCUUCCUGGCGCGCACCCCAUCCGCCUCGGCUCUGAGCGGCCCUGCCGGCCCCGGCAACAGCAUCUUCUCCUCGCCCCGGCGCUGGUUACAGCAGAGGAAGGGGCAGCCCUCGUCGCCCGGGCCUCGCCCUGCCGCCUACGUCGUGUGGAAAUCCGAGGGUGAUUUCACUUGGAACAGCAUGUCAGGGCGCAGCGUUCGGCUGAAGUCAGUUCCCGUCCAAAGCCUCUCCGAGCUGGAGCGUGCUCGGCUGCAGGAAGUGGCUUUUUAUCAGUUGCAGCAGGACUGUGACCUGGGCUGUCAGAUUACUAUCCCCAAAGAUGGACAAAAGAGGAAGAAAUCGUUAAGAAAGAAACUGGACUCACUAGGAAAGGAGAAGAACAGAGACAAAGAAUUUAUUCCCCAGGCUUUUGGAAUGCCCUUGUCCCAAGUGAUUGCUAAUGACCGAGCCUACAAGCUCAAGCAAGACUCUCAAAGAGAAGAGCAAAAAGAUGUUUCAGAUUUUGUGGCCUUUCUCUUGCCAUUUGGAACUAAAAGGCAGAACAAAGAACUUUCCAGCAGUAACUCAUCUCUUAGCUCAACCUCAGAAACACCAAAUGAAUCCACUUCUCCUAACACUCCCGAGUCAGCACCGCGAGCAAGGAGGCGGGGUGCAAUGUCUGUGGACUCUAUUACGGAUCUUGAUGACAAUCAGUCACGAUUAUUAGAGGCUCUCCAGCUCUCUUUGCCAGCAGAAGCCCAGAACAAGAAAGAAAAAGCAAGAGAUAAGAAACUAAGCCUCAACCCUAUUUACAGGCAGGUUCCUCGGCUUGUAGAUAGUUGCUGCCAGCACUUGGAAAAGCAUGGUCUCCAGACAGUAGGAAUAUUCAGAGUUGGAAGUUCAAAAAAGAGAGUAAGACAGCUACGUGAGGAGUUUGACCGAGGCGUGGAUGUUGUGUUAGAUGAGGAGCACAGCAUUCACGACGUCGCUGCUCUGUUGAAGGAAUUUCUGCGUGACAUGCCUGACCCGCUCCUCACCAGAGAACUCUACACACCUUUCAUCAACACUCUCUUGUUGGAACCAGAUGAACAGCUAAGCACCUUACAGCUUCUCAUUUACCUUCUACCUCCCUGUAACUGCGAUACUCUACACCGGCUGCUGCAGUUCCUCUCCACAGUGGCUGGCCACGCAGAAGACACCACAGACAAAGAUGGCCAAGAGAUUACUGGGAACAAAAUGACAUCGCUUAACCUGGCUACCAUUUUUGGCCCUAACUUGCUGCACAAGCAGAAAUCUACAGACAAAGAAUUCUCAGUUCAGAGCUCAGCUCGAGCUGAAGAGAGUACUGCUAUCAUAGCUGUUGUACAAAAAAUGAUUGAGAACUAUGAAGCCCUUUUCAUGGUUUCCCCUGACCUACAAAAUGAAGUCCUUAUUAGCCUGCUAGAGACUGACCCGGAUGUUGUAGACUAUUUGUUGAGGAGGAAAGCUUCCCAGUCAUCGAGCCCUGAGAUGCUGCGGUCAGAAGGUUCCUACUCCACAGGAGGAAGGCAUUCUUCCACAGACUCCAACAAAGCUUCAAGCGGAGAUGUUUCCCCUUACGACAACAACUCCCCGGUACUCUCUGAGCGCUCGCUGGUGGCGAUGCAAGAAGAAGUUGCCCACAGCCCAGAUAAGCUGUACAAGGUACCUGAGCAGUACACACUGGUUGGACAUUUGCAGCCUAAGACAAAGGAGAAUUCUUCUGCAUCACAGGCUGGAAAAGAUGUUUCCGAAGAUCAUUUUGAUAUCUGGGGCACCUGGCAUUCAACGCUGAAAAGUGGCUGCAGAGAUCCAGCAAUGACAGGUUCAUAUGGGAACAUUUAUGAAAGCAGCUCACUGCGACCUGGACAGUGCUCUCUGUCCCAGGGGAACCUCACCAUGUAUUCUCCUUGGUGGCAGAGCAGCUCCUCUGACUUGGACACCAGCAGAGAGGUCAUGCGAAGGAGCCAGACAACUGCUACCAUUGCUGAGUGUCAGCUCCAUCCCUCGGUAUCUCGGAUGUGCAGUAACUCACAAAUUCAGGCUGGCAGUAGGAGUUCAGGCCUGCCACACUCCAAGUCAGAGCAGCACUUGACUUUAAGCAGUGUGGAGGACCUCAGUGAGCGUGACUCAAAUGCAGGUUGUUCGCAAAGCGCAGCCAAGCCCUUCUACAGGAAAGAGCGACCACCACCUCCCUACCCAGGCACAGCCAAAACAAGCUCUGUGUUGUCACAGCGAUCCAGUGUUUCUUCAACAUUGCACUCUCUGUGGAGAUUUCAGCGCCCAGAAAAAAAUUCAGGGACCAGAGCAGCUGGAGGACCCCCAGCCAAAGCUCCUCCUGACCAGGCCACAUCCAAGCAGGAACAUCUGGCCCCGCACACUCAAGCAGGUCACAUCUGUUCCACAGCACCUCACAGUCAGAACAGUAAAAGUAUUUCAGAGGCAGACUGGCAUGAUUGGCAAAGGGAGAGGUGGCAGAUUUGGGAGCUAUUAUCAGCUGAUAACCCUGAUGCCCUCCCAGAAACCCUGGUAUGAUCGGACUCCAUGGAACUGCCCCUCGUACCUGUGCCUCUGUCUCCGAGGAAAGCAGCGGUGACCUUGGAGAGCGGGGAGGGGGCUUGUUUGUUUUAUACCAACUGAACUGCCUAUGCUUUUGGUAAACUUUGUUCACUUUAAUUUCUUAACAGCACUGUCAAGCAGCCCCAUUUACAAAUGCAGCUUUUGAGGGGGAAAACAAAGGAAGAUUUAUUCAAAUGAACUCCUUAGGCAAAGGGAGGCCGUGUGUGAGAUCAAACCCUGGCUUUGGUGUUGCUGCGAGUGUAUUUAUAUAUCUGCGGUUCUGGUGAUUGUAUAUUCUGUCAUGGGUAUUGUAUGAUAAUCAUCUAUUGUGUUUUCAUCUGCAGAUGCCAAGCAAUCAUGACUGCUUGUUUUAAAAAUCACUGCACUUAACAUUGCCAUGAUAUGCGUUGGAAUCCUAUAGGAAGUGCACAAGCUGGUUUCUGUGCUUAUAUUAAAUAGAAAGAAAACCCUGGAGGAAGUUGUCCUCCUCUUCACUGCCUAUUGAAAAACACUAACAUAGAGUGGAACAUUGAAAAGCCAUAUAUUUUAUAAGGGUAGUAGUGAGCUUAGAGGUUAAAGUACCAAAUCUAUAUUUUUUUUUCCUUAUAUUUACAAACAAAAUUAAAAUUUGAUACAAGAUUGUAAAUUUUUUUGUUUGUUUUAAAGAUUCUGAUAGGAAGCAGCUCAGAGAAUCGACCAAGAGCGAGGCCAGGCCAAAACCCACUAAGGAAGGUCUGCCUUCCCAUUCUAGAGGAAAACCAGUGUUAUGUAUACAGGAUAUAAUAUAUAUAUUUAUAAAGGUAUCAUUUUGUGUGUUGUUCUAAAACAGUAAACUGGAAUCCAAAUUUCAGAAAACCAAACCAAAUGAAUGGAGGUGUGUCAGAGCUGGGAAAGAAUGUGGCUUUUCCUUGGAAAUAGCAAAGCUUGAGCUCUAAGUUAGGGAACGCUAAAAAAACAUAAUAGCUACUAAAUGCAGGCAGCCAUAGGAAAGGGAACGUGGCGUUUGGAGAAGCUCACAGCUGCAUUUCUAUCAAUCCUGUGCCAAAGUCGGGGGCAAUUGUACUUCUUCAGUGACUGUAUGGUGCGUUGUUAAAUGUUGCCGUUUUAUACCCGUCCCGGUGGAGUUGACUUGCAAAACUGUCUGUGGCCAGCAGGUGGCGAUGUACUUCAGUAUUCUAGCGAAAAGUCCUUUUUUAUCACUUGAUAAGGGAAAGUAUCAUAGCAAAAGAAUUUUAUAAAGCGUAUUAGUCUUAAUUUUAAUGAAGUUGAAGAUUUAUUCAGUGAUGUUGUCUUUAAGUUCUAUCUUGUGCCAUAAUGAUGUGGAAUAAAAAAGCUAAGCAAAAUCCUGAGCAUAUUUUUUGCCCUUAUUU